AUGGCGUGGACUGCAUCUGCGAUUCCCGAGCAGGAAUUCUGUGAGCCGUUGCAUGAUCUCGAUUCGAAGGCAGAAAAACUGGCGGAAAAGAUUCGCCAAAGCAAACACUUCAUUGCCUUUACCGGGGCAGGCAUCUCGACAUCAGCUGGAAUUCCUGAUUUUCGCGGACCUGAUGGCAACUGGACUCUCAGAGCACAGGGAAAGACAAGAACCGGCCCGACGACCAAUACCCUCCAAGCGAUCCCAACUUUGACGCAUAUGGCCCUCGUCGAGCUACAGAAUCGAGGAUUUCUGAAAUAUUUGAUCAGCCAGAACUGUGAUGGCUUGCACCGCAGAAGUGGCAUCUUGCCGGAGCAUUUAUCGGAGCUCCAUGGCAACAGUAACCGUGAAUACUGCAAAAGCUGCGGAAAGGACUAUAUCCGAGAUUUCCGUGCAGUGGCGACCUACGAAAAAUCAGACUGGGAUCACCGCACCGGACGCAAGUGUGCGUGCGGUGAUGAUCUCCACGAUAGCAUCAUAAAUUUCGGCGAAUCUCUGCCAGAGGUCCCGCUGGACUUGGCACACCGCCAUGCCAACUCAACUGAUCUUUGCCUGGUCCUCGGCUCCUCGCUCACCGUGACGCCUGCUAAUGAGAUUCCCGAAUCUGUCGCUCUUCGUCGGUCCAAGCGAGCUUUAGAGCCGUCUCUAGUCAUCUGUAACCUGCAGAAGACGCCGCAGGACAAACUAUCACAGAUACGAGUGUUUUCGAGAACGGACGACUUGAUGGCCAGAGUAAUGGAUAAACUAGGAAUCGCCGUCCCGCCGUUUAUUCUCCGAAGACGAAUCACCAUCGCAGUCGAGCAAAACGAGCGAGGAAAAUGCCAAGUCAAUGUUCUGGGGGUCGAUACUGACGGCACGCCAGUGUCGUUUCUUCGAAGCGUUAGACUCCUCACUCACCGCCGCCUUUCGACGAAAGAACCAUUCUCUUUCACGCCGCAUGGGGGAAUCGAAACGGGGACCAAGCUGGACUUUGAGUUUGAGUUUAUGGGUCAUUACUGCGAACCCAAGUUGAUGCUCACGCACGAGUACAGCGACGAUAUUAGCAAAGUUUUGUACCUGCUCGAAUACGAUCCGAGCACUGGGCGAUGGAUCGUUGCAAAGGAUGGAGGGGAGUUGCAACAUGAAUGA